AUGGCUGACGCUGCUCCCCGUGGACGUGGUGGUUUCGGUUCGCGCGGCGACCGUGGUGGUGACCGUGGCCGUGGUGGUGACCGUGGCCGUGGUCGUCGUGGCCGUGGCCGUCGUGGUGGAAAGCAGGAGGAGAAGGAGUGGCAGCCCGUCACCAAACUCGGCCGUCUCGUCAAGGCCGGCAAGAUCACCAGCAUGGAGCAGAUCUACCUGCACUCUCUGCCCAUCAAGGAGUACCAGAUUGUGGACUUCUUCCUCCCCAAGCUGAAGGAUGAGGUUAUGAAGAUCAAGCCCGUCCAGAAGCAGACCCGUGCCGGUCAGCGUACCCGCUUCAAGGCUAUCGUCCUCAUCGGUGACGGCGAGGGUCACAUCGGUCUCGGUAUCAAGACCUCCAAGGAAGUCGCCACUGCCAUCCGUGCCGCUAUCACCAUUGCCAAGCUGGCUGUCCUUCCCGUCCGCCGCGGUUACUGGGGUACCAACCUCGGUGAGCCUCACUCUCUGCCCGUCAAGCAGUCCGGCAAGUGUGGUUCCGUCUCCGUCCGUCUCAUUCCCGCUCCCCGUGGUACCGGCCUUGUUGCCUCCCCCGCCGUCAAGCGUCUGCUCCAGCUCGCCGGUGUCCAGGACGCCUACACCUCCUCUUCCGGCUCCACCAAGACCCUCGAGAACACCCUCAAGGCCACCUUCACCGCCGUCGUCAACACCUACGGCUUCCUCACCCCCAACCUCUGGAAGGAGACUAAGCUCAUCCGCAGCCCUCUGGAGGAGUUCGGUGAUGUCCUGCGCCAGGGCAAGAAGUACUAG